CUCCUCGCUGGACGGAGAGGAAUGCAAGAGCAGGCUGCCUGCGGUACCUCUUGGGCUGUUAGAGAAAUGCGCCCGUGCUUGUGAACGUGCGGCGAAGAAGAUGAGGCCGGACCCGAGCAGGGCAGGGCCUGGGAGACAGAAAGUGGGGCCCCUGCCUGGAAUCCACGUGCCGCCCCUGGGCAUCCCUCCUGCCCGGGGGGCUGGGCCGCCCGCCUCCCGCAGGAAGCGCUCUCUCCCGGCCCCUGCGAGGCCCUUCCUCACCCUCCUGCUGCUGGUUACCAUCAAGCAAGUUACAGGAUCUCUCCUUCAGGAGACAACUCAGAAGUGGGCUCAGUACAAAGAGAAGUGUCUGAGAGACCUACUCAAGAAACCUUCUGGCAUAUUUUGUAAUGGGACCUUUGAUCGGUAUGUGUGCUGGCCUCAUUCCCUUCCAGGAAAUGUGUCUGUUCCCUGCCCUUCAUACUUACCUUGGUGGCGCGAAGAGAACGCAGGAAGGGCCUACAGACACUGCUUGGCUCGGGGCGCUUGGCAGACGAGGGAGAACUCCACAGAUACUUGGCAGGAUGUCUCCGAAUGCUCUGAGAACCACAGCUUCAAACAAAACGAGGAGCACCAUGCCUUGCUGUCGACCUUGCAGCUGUUGUACACCGUGGGUUACUCCCUCUCCAUUGUCUCCCUCUUCCUGGCUCUCACCCUCCUCUUGUUUCUUCGAAAACUCCACUGCACACGCAACUACAUCCACAUGAACUUGUUUGCUUCUUUCAUCCUGAGAGCCCUGGCUGUGCUGGUGAAGGACGUCAUCUUCUACAACUCCUACUCCCGGAGGCCCAACAAUGAGAAGGAGUGGAUGUCCUAUGUGUCGGAGAUAUCCACCUCCUGCCGCUCAGCCCAGGUCCUCCUGCAUUACUUCGUGGGCGCCAAUUACUCAUGGCUGCUAGUCGAAGGCCUUUACCUCCACACACUGCUGGAGCCCACGGUGCUUUCUGAAAGGCGGCUGUGGCCCAGAUACCUGCUGGUGGGUUGGGCCUUCCCAGUGCUAUUUGUUGUACCUUGGAGCAUCGCCCGUGCACAUCUGGAGAACACAGGAUGCUGGGGAACCAACGGCAAUAAGAAAAUCUGGUGGAUCAUCCGAGGACCCAUGCUGCUUUGUGUAACGGUCAAUUUCUUCAUCUUCCUGAAAAUUCUCAAACUUCUCAUUUCUAAGCUCAAAGCCCAUCAAAUGUGCUUCAGAGACUAUAAAUACAGAUUGGCAAAAUCAACGCUGGUCCUCAUUCCUUUACUGGGUGUUCACGAGAUUCUCUUCACCUUUGUCACUGAUGAUCAAGUUGAAGGAUUUUCGAAACUUGUCCGACUCUUCAUCCAGUUGACUCUGAGCUCCUUCCAUGGACUACUUGUGGCCUUGCAGUAUUGCUUUGCCAACGGAGAGGUGAAGGCCGAGCUGCGGAAGCACUGGGUCCGCUUCUUGCUAGCCCGCCACUCAGGCUGCAGAGCCUGGGUCCUAGAGAAGAAUUUUCGAUUCCUGGGGAAAUGCCCCAAGAAGCUCUCCGAGGGAGACAGCGCCGGGACACUGCGGAAGCUGCGACCCUCGCCCGGCAGUGGGCAGCUCCUGCACCUGGCCAUGCAGGGCCUGGGGGAGCUGGGCGGCCGGCCACAGCGGGGUCACGCAGGCUGGCCCCAGGGCAGCAGCCUGUCGGAGAGCAGUGAGGGAGACUUCACCCUGGCCCACACCAUGGAGGAGAUUCUGGAGGAGAGCGAGAUCUAGGCAGAAGGCCCACCUCUCUGGGUCUGCUCACCAGGGCCUCCUGAGAGGGGCGAGCGGGGAGGAGGCCAUGCCGGAAGGAUGUUGCGGGAUGCAGUCAUUACUCUUCCCAUGCGCCGUGCCCACUUUGAUGUGAGGUCUGUCUCAAGGUUUUUCAUGCUCUGUUAGAAAGAGGCUGAGUAAACAUUCACUGCUUUUCUGCCUUUGUCAUCCUAAUAGCCCUACCAGUGUGUUUUCCAGAAUGACCUCUGGGGCUGGCCCUAAAUUCAAGUGAAUGGAGCCCUUGUGGUACAGAGAGAUGUCUGCUAUGAAAUAGAGGCCAGCCAGUGUCUCUUCCUUUACCGCUCUUGGUACAAGGUAGUUCUAUCUGAGGUCGGGUUUAGAGCGUAAAAGGACCACUUGGGAAGUGUUUCAAAUGCAGAGUCCAGCUCAUGGCAGAGACUCUAAGAGAGUGAGUCUGGGAUGAUGGCCAGUGAUGGGAAUUGUGUAACUGGCAUCCCAGGUAAUUCUGAUUCAAGUCCACGCUUUGAAAACACUGGGCGGGGUGUGAGGGAGCUAGAAGCCCCCCCUGAGCCAGCCCAUGGCAGCCUGAAGCCAGAGGUGUCCUGCCUUCAGCAGUUCGGCUGUGACACACGCCCUCCUCAGACGGUGUGGAGCUGCACACCACCCACCAGAGCACCACUCCUUUCCUUCUCCCCUCCUCCUCUCUUGUCGAGUCUCUCCUCCCUUUCUCCAACUCAGUUCUUCGUCCACGGUCACUGGAAGUUCUGUUUGAUCCCUAACACCCAGCCUUCCUCUAAGGGUUGGCCCAGCUCCCAGGGCCCUCUGAAAGUGCCAUUGGUCGUUUCCUCUCCUUUCUGGCUCCACCUGCCUCUCUGAGCUGGGCUUCUUCAAGCCUUAUUUGCCCUACCGUUCUCCACCACUUUCGGUUUGCCGUUGACACAUUGAUGGCUGGACCUCCCACUCUGGGAGGUUUGCCCACUGCUCUCCCCGAUCUGAGGCCCCGCUGAUGGGAACUGCACUCCUCAUGUGAAAAGGGAUGCUGAAAGCUGGAGGGGGCCCAAGCAAAAUGAUAGGACCAUGGCUGAUCUGGACACGCUGAGGGGGACGCUGGGAGGGCCAGGCCUGUGGGACCCAUGCUGCCGAUGGGGUGUCGGAGUUGUGCUCCAGAUCCUAAAUGGAGGGAGCUUCUGGAGGCUGAGGGGGCCCAGGCAACUAGGGUCAGGCUCAGUGACUGGAACUAUCCGGCAAGAGGCUGAAGGAAGAUCAAGGGAGGAACUUUCUACAGAAACAGAGUGUCAAGGCCCAGGAGCGUCACUUUUAUCGUGUGUAAAAUGUAUGUGUACAUGGGUGGGGCACGUAGCUAUGGGACUAAACAUCGCCUUAUAUUAGGGGGAAGGGCAAUUUGAUACUUAAUAAGUAAGGUUGCCAUAUUUAGCAAUUAAAAAUACAUAAUGCUUUAUUAAAUUUGAAUUUCAGGUAAAUGAAUAAUCUCAUUGUAUAAGUAUAUCCCAUGGGAUAUACUUUGUCUGACAUUCAAAUUUAAUUGCACAUCCCGUAUUUAUCUGGCAACUCCAUUGUCUAGGGUACUUUGCAGCAGGGCAGGGACUAGGGUGAGGCAAGUGAGGGGCUCAGUUCAGACGCAAAAUUUGAGAGAGUACUAAAAGAACCUCAAUUGUCAAGAUAAGUAAUAUUUUAAGGCAAUAUUUUAAAAAAUCAAACCUGCAAACUACAGCCAUUUAUUAAAAAAAAAAAACGUUUAUUGGAACCAGGGCUGGAAGGAGGGUGAGACCAGUGAGGCCAGCUCAGGAGAAUGCAGGGUCUGAUCCUGGCUUUAUUUAAAAUUUUGAUAUUUUGCUCGUCAUGGACUUUUUUAACAUUAAUUUUUAUUUUUAAAUGAUUGCAUCAAAAUAUUAUUUCUCUUGAUUACUGAGUUUUUUGGGCCCUCCUUAAAUUUUGCACCUGAGGUGAGUUCCCGUCUUGCCCUCGCCCUAGUCCCGCUCUGCUUUGCAAAAGGGGAGCCUGAACUGAAGGCAUUAGGCAUGUGCGUGAUGAAGCGAAGCUUUAUUUUUUGGUGUCCAGAUUAUCCAUGGUUCAGUCAUUAAAAUAUACGCCCUUCCAACUCUCCUUUCUGCAAACAUCCCUGCCGUUUCUCAUCAGCCUAUUAGCUCCCAGAAAGCUGGGGCCAGGUCACAUCCCCAGCUUGCACCCAGCACAGCCGGUUCAGAGCAGGUGCUCAGUCAGUACGCAUCGUCGAACGAGACAAAACAGAACUGUCUCGGGAGCAUCGGACGCUGUGCGGGGUCAGUUAUCCAGGAC